AUGGAAAAGAUUGAGAAUGUUGAUAUUCAGGUAAAGGAAUAUUUGGAUAAUGCUGGAAGGGAGAAAUGGGCUCGGUUGUAUUCACUUGUUAACAGAGGAUGGACGAUGACUUCAAAUAUAGCGGAAUGUAUUAACGGAAAACUAGUAGCGGCAAGAGAGUUGCCUUUUUUUAUUUUCUUGAAGAAGUUAGGAAGAUGUUUGGGAGAUGGAAUUGCACAAAUAGGAAAUAUCGUUGAAGCAUCAACUGAAUAUGUUUAUACGGUGAAUGAUGGACCGAGGCAUUUCAUAAUUGAUUUGAAGAAGAAAACUUGCAGUUGCAGGAUGUUCCAAAUGGACGAAAUACCAUGUUCAUAUGUCUGGGCUGUAUUAAAGAGUAAAAAUCUAACGGCUGAUGCAUAUUGCUCAGGCUUAUUCAAGCCAAGUACAGUGGUGAAUACGUAUGAUGUGCCGAUUGAUCCACUUCCCGACGAGAGAGUGGAAUGUUCCAACUCACAUAUUGGAUGA